AUGGACCAUUUGUUGAUACCUAAGCGCCCAGAGAUUCCUCAAAGUGCGGUGAUUCUUAAUCAAAAAAAGAAAUGUGAAGAACAUGCAGAAGGCUCUCAGGGUGUCUUUAAACCACCUAGAACAAGCCAGAACAAAAAACAACGAAACAGACAUGCGUUAGACAGAACUGAAAGAUUACAUAUAGCAGAUGAGAAGGUUACUGUUAAAGAGCCUUUGGAACAGAAUGGUUGUGAAGUGAUAAAGAGUACCGAAAAAUCUUCAUUCACGUCUUGGCAUGAGGAGGAUCAAGCCAAAGGACAUCUGUUGCAAGAAUUUGGCAGGAACCCUGAAAACUCAGAAGACACAGAAUUUGGUGAUGAUGAUGCAAAAUUAGAGACAGUCAUUCAUCAUCCAGAAAGUUUUGGGGGAAGUUUUGAGGAACAGAUUAGCUUAGGAGCUGAUUAUGUUCAGGAAAAAGACAUUGGGAAAAGAGGCAAAGAUGGAGAACAAGAAGAAAACAGAGACGAUGCAAGCUCAGCUUUUAUCACAGAGCUUGAAGAUGCAAGCCAAACAAAUGAAGAGAACGUGGACACUGAGAUUACCAGCAAACAAAACCAAGAGAACAGUGACCAACACCAAGAAGCUGCUUUACUUUAUUGGCAGUCAGAACAUCAUCGCUUUGAGUAUGGUGACUUCUCAAGCUCACUUUCUGAAGUGGAUCCUCUGUCAUACAACAGAGUGGGCCUUGCAGUUCCUGAUUCUUUCCUGAAGAGAAGUAAUACAGACUUUACAGAACUUCCAUGGAAAAUGCGGCUAAAGUCAAGUGACAUCAAAGAUAUUCAUCGUGAAGCUCUGGACAAGCUGGCUUUGAGAGUUUAUAAUAUGCAAGACAAAAUCUGUGAUGCUGCCAUGCUGUCAGUGUUGUAUCGUCCACCACCUGAUGAAGGAUUGCCUAAAGCAAGCUUUUUGCAGAAUCUUGACAAAACGCAAAACGAGCAAAAUCUUCCUCCUGAAAUGACCCCGAAGAGCAAAUCCAUGCCACUUGUAAGUACAAGUCAGCAAGCAGAGAGAAAAACUCCUACAAGGAUCCCGAGAAUGGAAAGGCUUGCUGUCAGAACUCCCGUUCGAUUAGUUUUCCAUCCGAAGCCCAUUUCUCCUCCAAAGUUGCUGCCCCUCACACGAACAAAUCUAAACAAAGAGUUCCCACCAUUUGCCAGUACCUUUGCCAAUCCAGAUCCUGGUCAGAGACCCCCAGCAGAAAGAAUUGCAGAUCAAAGAAACCUUGCUGAAGAAACAAGGCUGGUUCUGUAUCGCCAGAAACCCAAGCCUAACACGCCCAAACAUAUUUCCAUGGAAAGAAGAUUUUACAAAAUGAUAGAAUACGACCGAAUGCAGAGCCCAAAAACGUCAGCUCCUAAGUUAUCUGCUGAGCAGAGUUUCAGGAAAAAAGUACUGUCUCAGGUCAAAAAAACAGCUGCAACAACAGUACCAAGCACCUGGAGUCUGAUAAAGCCACAGUCAAGAGGCAAGGAGUAUUCAGGACUUCGAUGGGAAAGAGUUAAGUCUGUUGUCCAUGAAAGCCUUAUUUCACCCAGAGUAGAAGAAAGAAUUGAUGCAGCAAAGCAACUGGGAACUCUGCGGUGCGGAGACACCAUGGUGUUCUAUGCGUUGAAGGAAUGUUUGCACCAGGAUGCCGAUCAGAGAGUGAGAUAUGAGGCUGCCAAGUCUCUUGUUCUUCUAGGCUGCUGGGAGGAUGAGGUGAUGCAGGUGGUGCUGAAGUAUUUAGUGUUGGGCAACACCGAGAUACGUCUGGACCUCAUCAAUACUCUCACUGAUGGGAAGAAUGUCCAAUUUGUUGACAAGAGCAUUCCCACAUUUGUAGAAUUGGUGAAGGUUUUGAGCCACUUCUGUCGCAAUCCUGAUCCUGAUGACCAAAUUGCCUUUGAUGCGGCUGUACUUUUGGGUCGUUUCUGCAUCCAUGAUGGCAACGCUGAGGCCAGGCUUAUCAAAGCUCUGGAGGAGUCUAAUGACACUCACACCAAGGCCAAGGCACUGGAGAUUUUGGUCAGGCAGUUUGGUCAUGUUAAUGCCAUGAUCAUUGGCCAGAUUCUCCAGCAGCUCAAGAAUUCCCCUGUGUGGCACUAUAGAGUCUCAGGAUCUCGCCUUCUCAUUGCUCUUGGACCGAAUCACAAGUUUGUUAAAGAUAAGAUGGUGGAGAUCUACAAUGUCUUAAAGCAGAAGCUUUGGGAUGAUCCAAACAGUGAGGUGCGAUUGUCAGCAGCCAAGGCCCUGACUGCUUUGGGGAUCUUCACAAAGGCCUGUGAGGAAGCUGAAGCCCAUCUUGAAGACGGUGAUGAAAACUUGCGUGCAGAGGCUGUUGUUUCUGUGGGCACUCUAGGACUGAAGAAUGAACGAGUGAUCCGGCUUCUGCUGGAGAUGCUGGAGUUGGACUCAAGUGAAUUCGUGCGUUUGAUGAUCAUACGCACUUUUGCCACCCUCAAGAUGGUGGAUCGACGCAUCUUGCGUACACUGAGAGAGCGUGAAAAGCUGGAAGGACCUCUUGGCAGGUUGACACACCAUGUUGCUAAGAGAGUCGCAGAAAGCAUUGAAGGUCUUGGACAACGUUCUCCUGACGUCGUCGUCCAGAAGCGCCAGCUCCAAAAGCCUGUCCCUUAACUCGCUGUCUUCAAAGAAAACGAGCGCCAUAUCCCCGAUGCCCGGAUGAGUGGUUGUCGUCUGGAUUCUGUCUAUAUGCAGGCACCAUAUACCAGACUCAGAUGUGUUAGCAGUAGCAGUGUUUAGCAACAUCUCUGUGUCUCACAGACUCGCGUGAUAACACGGUGAAAGCAGUGAAUGUUAUCUGUAUCUUGCGGGGUCUCGCGUGUCCAGGAAAUAAUUGCCAGUGAUGGAGCUCUCGGAGGAAAAAGUUGAAGAAGCGAUGAGAACUCAUCACAGUGACAGAUUAUUUUCAACUUCAGAAACAAGACAGUUCCGUAGACGGUCUUCUCCUUCGUGUUUUAACAAGACUGACACAGAAGCCAUGCUUUGUUUUCCUGUUGUGGGACAGAUGGGUAGAAUGUAAAGGGACAAGAAUGAAAUUAAGGUGAAGUUUUUGUUGACGUGGAGAACAAAGAAACAUGUUUGACCAUAACAUUCAAGUCCGCGAAUGUAUUUGAAGUGCAGUGUCACAUCAUGUUGUCGUCACUCAAGCUGUACGUGGGUUGAUGAUGUAGUUGAAACAAUGGUCGUCUGCUUGAAAGCUUGUGACAAAUUUUGAGAGACGUUCUGAGCAUUUGAGUUAGAAUUCCGUUGCCUCCUGCUCUACAUAUAGCUACGUGUUUCUAUGUGAUAUAGUGAGAUUUUUUAUGUUGACCCCAUAACUUCUCCUUCCCUAUAGAGCAAUGAAUACUCUGGUAUGUAUUUUGACCACAGACAGCUACAAUUUUGUAUCGUUGUCUUUUUCUCGACCUGCCUCUGCCUUAAUAAUAUAUGGCAACUCGGCGACCAGCGCUUUCUGGAGACUUGCGUCCAUUUUCCUUGACGUGUUGAGACCCUUGUCGAAGCAUCUUCUCAUCCGAUGAAAAUCAAACAUGACAAGUACGAACUAUUAUCUCGCCGUUACUUUGCCUGGCAGGUGUCACACAAGGAACAAAGCGCCUCCUGUUCUGCGGCGGCCGCUAGCACCAUCAAGGGCGCUGGGCUACACCAAUGGUUUUCACUACUCCGGAUAGUAGUUUCAGCUCAACCGCGAAUGAUUGGGUUGGUCAGACAACUCGAAUCUGAUCUCAGUUGACUGAUCAGCUUGUUUGGUAGAUCACACCAGACAGUUCAAGUUAACCUCGAUGACCAGUGCUGUAGGAACAACAUUUACUGUGCUGUGGGAUUUUUGCACUCGAAUCUGCCGCCGAUCACUGAACCCUGGCUCCGACCCACUAGAGACGAAGUCAAGAUAAACGAAUUAACUCUUUCCUCCCUUCUUCCCCUCCCCGCCUCAGGCUUCGUCCUACAUUCCUACAUUGAGGUUAUCACAUGCUGGGGGUGCUGCUGUCCUGAGCUGAGAAUCACAGAGGCAGCGCGGAAGGUUUUUAAAACCUGACGGUGACUAAAACCGUUGAUCUCUGUGUUGCUUCACUGCCUUGACUGGCAUAUAACUGCGGUGUCUUUCGUCCUCCUGUCGGCAAUAAGAAGGAAGCCUCAUGACUCUGAAUUCCUUUGCUUUUUGAUCGGUACGCCUCAGCAAACACCAGUUGCUAAAGAAGUCCAUUUUUACUACAACGACCUGAAUAAAUUAUUGCGCUUCUUCCUUUCGUGUCAAAAAUACUAGAAAAGUGUUUGGCCAACUACACCAUCACUUCGCAAACCAUGGCAACCAUCUCAGACUAGAGCCAUUUCAAUCUGCUUACCCGCGAGCACCAUUCCACCGAGACAGCACUGCUUUGUGUAAUCAGAGAUUAGCUGUCAGCCUGUGAUCGGGAUCGAAUUUUAGUCCUGUUAAUGCUUGAUGCAUCUGCGGCCUUUGAUACCCUUGACCACAACAUCCUUCUCCAGCGGCUUCAUAUGACUUUUGGCCUCUGGCACCGUCAUGAAAUGGUCCCACCCCUACCUGACAAACCGCACUCUGUGAUAGUAAUUCGACCUCCACCCCUGUUGCUGUGAAGUAUUAGGUGCUAGAGGGCUUUUGUUUUUGGGACGAGUCUUGUCACCUAUGUCCACCUACUGGGCCCUGUUAUUCGUCAGUCUUGAACCCGUUAGCGCAUGAACGCUGACAAUCACAGUUUCUUGUGUCUGGCCCUGUUGCUGAGCUGCAGCAACUUGUUAUUGUCAUAGAAAGUAAUGUAAACUCAUCCAGGGAACAAUUUGCAGUUGAGUGAAGACCAAACUGAGAUUCUUGUAACCAUCUCUGAUUGUAUUCUGAUAUUUACACCACCUUCAAGAAAUCUUAAUUCUCUAGUGCGACUAAUUGCUACCAGACCCAUUCAUGUUUUCUGACUAGAGAACCACAUUAUCGCGGUUUGCGAUUUUUUUUUAUACUGCUUCGCAUAAUCAGACAUAUCAGAUAUUCAAGAGUUUCCUCCACCGAAAAGAGAACUCUUAAAACUAUGCACAUAUUCUGUCCCAGAUGGGAUGCUCAUGCUUACAGACUGAUGGCCUUCCCAACUGAUUGCUCGACAAGCUUUAGAAAGCUGCGAACAACUCAGUCGGCAUUGUCUGACACAAGCACAAAACUGAUCAUGUGACUUCGGUCCUUCGUGAGCUGUCCGCGCCGCCAUCGACUACAAGGUGGCCACACCAUGCUACCGUCUCCAUGGUCUUGCCUCAGGGUCUGACCAGCCCUGUCUCACCAUCUGAUCAUGCCCACAUCCUGUCUGCGCCACGUAGCUAAACGUGAUACGUGCGGCCGCCCCCAUGUUUUCUUUAGCCACAGUGUUUAGAAUGCGUUGCCUGCAGCAACAAGUGUCACUUAUGAAGAUUGUAAUCCACAUUUGCUGGGAAUACUUUCAAUAGCUAGUAAUGUUUACCUUCACCUACCUUACUUCCACACGCGCUGGCUGUGUUUUUGUGUAGGUGCAUGAGUGUGCGCGUGUAUGUCUACUGAUAUCUCAAGGUCAUUGAGCUUGCUCCCAGCAGAAUGGUGGGCUGUAGAAAUUAUUGUUAAUAAUAUUAUUAUUUCUACUUUUCGUUUCAGGUUACUAGGUUGUAUCAUUGAGGAAAAGAACACUUGGAUUUUUCUAUUAUCAUUCGUCGUUAUUGAGCUCUGUGUGUAUAUAUAUGCAGGUCUCUCUUCCCCUUCGCUCUCUUUCCUUAUUACUGAAUGUAAAGUCCGUGACUGGCGGUAAAGGCAAGGCUAUAUGUACGUGUAGACCGUGCUGUGUACACAGUUCUUUUGACCCUUUGCUCUCUCUGUCUUUGUGCGUGCAUGCAUGUGUUUUGAGGGGACAAGUGCGCUGAAUGGAGUUUCCAGUUCUUUCAAACUUUAUAAAUUAGGAAAAGGGAUUCGGCUUUCAGAAGGAAAAUCAAAAUACAUGUUAACAACAGCAUUAAUAACAAUAAAAACAACGCAGACAAUUCCGUUUUCGUGAUGGCAGAGCCGGGAAGUGUGAAAGCUUGUAAAGAUCCAAGGCAGGAAAGCCCAGGCAGCACCAAACAUCAAGUCCUGGUCUUCCUCGUGCAGUUCUCCACAACUGUUGGAUUCGCUUCCCUGUAAUCUCCGUCACAUUGAUUCUGCUCAAGCUCUCGAACAGCUCGGAAGUCUUCCCUGUUCAAGAAAUAGUUUCACUGGCUCUGAUGUUUUUAGUCGUUGUGCUAGGAGGGUUCAUCGAUGGGGUCUCGAUUACAUGCACUCAUAGUGAGUCCGUGUGCCGUGUAUGUGUGCACACGUGUCUUUGUAUGUAUUACA